CCCAGCUCAGGAAUCCUUCAAAGACACCAGGGUUGGGGCUGCUUCUGUCCAGUUGAGCAGUUCUUUCUUCUAGAUACCCUGAAAACCAGGGAGGGAGGUGGGCCUGGUAGCGUCCCUCCUCUUACAGUCCAAGAAUGCUGGACUCCUCAGUGGCAGAUGCAAUGACCCGACUGACCCUAAAACUCUUAGAGAAGAAACUGGAGCAAGAGCGUGAGAAUGUGGAAGGGGAUUCUGAGGACCCUCACUUCGUGCCAGGAAACGAGGACAGGCCGGAUGCAGCUGUACUGAGUGCUCUGAGGAGGAGGAAAGACCUUCUGCAGAGACUCUGGGAACAGCACCUCCUGGAGGAGGUGUCCCAGCCCCGAGCCCCGAACGGGGUGAACAGAGGAGGAGCCUGGGGAUCAGCACUGCCCCCAGAGGUGCCCCCGGUGGGCAUCCGCCCUGCUGUCUCCCCACCCCCGCCAGCCCUGGAGCCACCACACAUUAUCCAACACUCAGUCCCCCAGCCUCCUGCCACCAUUAUUCAACAACUACCUCAGCAGCCACUCAUCGCACAGGUUCCCCCUCUCCAGGCCUUCCCCACUCAAAGGUCAGGAAGUAUUAAGGAAGACAUGGUGGAGAUGAUGCUGAUGCAGAAUGCACAGAUGCACCAGAUCAUUAUGCAAAACCUGAUGCUCAAAGCCCUGCCCUCUGGGGGAUCACAGGCCGCCCCUCUGCAUUCCACCCCACAGAGGCAGAAGCCGCCCUCCGUGCAUCACCACCACCACUAUGCACCCCUGGCCCAGCUGCAGGCCUCCCCGGCGGGUUACUCCAUGUGGCCCCCAGUGGUCUCAGCCACCAUCCCCCCACCUGCUUCUGGCUUCCUGCACCACAUGGCCGGCCCCUCCUUGGCAGCCCUUAGUGGGGUGGCAUCUGAUGGCAUCCUGCCCACACAGGCUCCGGGCCUGUGAAACUCCACGUGUGGGCUCGGUAAGCAGCAGGGUUCCAGUUCCCCAGCAGAUGUGGUCGGGGAGGCCCGGCAGAGGCCUGAAGCCUCGGCCCUGGAUGCUGGACUGCCAGGCACGAGGAAAUACAGGGGUUUCACCAGGAGGGAUGGCCCAGUUAGCCGCAUAAACCAUUAAACCUUCCUGUGGAAGAAAUACCAGAAACAAGUCAAAUAUGAUGACGACUGGGAGGUCUGCCUGCCACGAGCGGCCGAGGUGAGGGCUCCUGCCAGUCUCAAGAAGUGAAGCAGACAGCAGUCGGGGAUCUCUCGUGGGAGAGUAUCUUUCCAUGCGGGUCUGCGUGGCUCCUUCUACAAGUCAAACACCAAGUUGAAUGUGGUUCCUUUCAAAGAUGGCUGAGGAAAGGGAGCUUUCUCUGCAUUUGUUCCUUUUGGUUCUGUCAGGGCUUCCGGUGUGAACGUCACCUUUAGUCUUUCUUCAUUUUCUGUGACUUUUUUUUCUUGGUGGAAUGAUGUUCCCUUGACAUGCUAAUAUAAUUUUCACAUGAAUGUCACAUUUAAAUGUUACAGCUGUUUUCAUCUACCCCUUUUGGGAAAACCUAUUUUCCCCAAGUUCUGCACCAGUGAGAGUCCUGCCUCCUUGGACCCUGCAGGCUCGUGGGAUGUUGGCCCGGGGAAGGGGAUGACCACGUGGCGGUCAGGAUGCCUCCAGGGCGGGAGGGCGGCAGGGGCCCCCACCACGUGCCUGGCACACGCAUCUCUUGUGAAAGGCAAUUAAAGGCCUGACUCCAUU